AUGUUGGUGACUGGUGUAAGGAAUGAUCUUCCUCCACACCUUUCUCUUGGAACAUCCUGCUCCCUUCAGGUUCAAGUGAUCUCUGACCUCUUUGGGACCAAGCACCCUUAUCUACAUGCCAACCAUUUUCUUCCUUCGGUUGAUACAUUAUCCAAACCAGUCUUCCACAGACCACCACCAAGUGCGGGAGGCGCGAGCCAGACCGCCCCAUUAGGCCAAGAUGCUGGUCUCCAGGAGGUGGGUUGUUGCAAGACGUACAUGACGCCAUGGCGGCCCUUCGAGAAGUCGUGGUUGGACCAGGAGCUGAAGCUGAUCAGUGAGUACAGGCUCCGCAACAAGCGCGAGGUGUGGCGGGUCCAGUGCACGCUGGCCAAGAUCCGCAAGGCCUCGAGGGAGCUGCUGACGCUGGAUGAGAAGGACCCGCGGCCUCUGUUUGAAGGCAAUGCCCUGUCCCGGAGGCUGGAUUACAUCCUGGGCCUGAGGAUCGAGGACUUCCUGGGGCGGCUCCUGCAAACGCAGGUCUUCAAGCUGGGCCUGGCCAAGUCCAUCCACCACGCGCUGGUGAUGAUCCGCCAGAGGCACGUCGUGGUCAGAAAGCAGGUGGUGAACAUCCCCUCCUUCAUAGUGCGACUGGACUCCCAGAAGCACAUUGACUUCUCCCUGCGCUCACCCUACGGAGGGAGUCGGGCAGGACGGGUCAAGAAGAAGAAUGCCAAGAAGGGUCUCCCAAGAGGGGACGGCACUGGUGAUGACAAGGAGGAAGAUUAA